AUGCCUGAGGAAACCCAGACCCAAGACCAACCAAUGGAGGAGGAAGAGGUCGAGACCUUUGCCUUUCAGGCAGAAAUUGCCCAGUUGAUGUCCUUGAUCAUCAACACUUUCUAUUCAAACAAAGAGAUAUUUUUGAGGGAGCUCAUUUCACAUUCAUCAGAUGCUCUGGACAAGAUCAGAUACGAGAACCUGACAGACCCCAGUAAGUUAGACUCUGGGAAGGAGCUGCACAUUAAUCUUAUUCCCAACAAACAAGAUCGAACCCUUAUCAUUAAGCACAUCUACUUCAUCACAGGUGAGACCAAGGACCAAGUUGCUAAUUCUGCCUUUGUGGAGCAUCUCCGAAAGCAUGGCUUGGAAGUGAUCUAUAUGAUUGAGCCUAUUGAUGAGUACUGUGUACAACAGCUGAAGGAGUUUGAAGGCAAGACCUUGGUGUCUGUUACCAAAGAAGGACUGGAAUUUCCAGAAGAUGAAGAGGAUAAAAACAAACAGGAAGAGAAAAAGACAAAAUUUGAAAACCUCUGCAAAAUUAUGAAAGAUAUAUUGGAGAAAAAAGUUGAGAAGGUGGUUGUAUCAAACCGAUUGUUGACAUCCCCAUGCUGUAUUGUCACAAGCACUUAUGGGUGGACAGCAAACAUGGAGAGAAUCAUGAAAGUUCAAGCCCUCAGAGACAACUCAAUGAUGGGUUACAUGGCAGCAAAGAAUCACCUGGAGAUAAACCCUGACCACUCCAUCAUUGAAACCCUGAGGCAAAAGGCAGAGGCUGACAAGAAUGACAAGUCUGUGAAGGAUCUGGUGAUCUUGCUAUAUGAAACUGCACUCCUGUCUUCUGAUUUCAGUCUGGAAGAUACCCAGACACAUGCCAACAGGAUCUACAGGAUGAUCAACAUUGGUCUAGGUAUUGAUGAAGAUGAUCCUACUGUGGAUGAUACCAGUGCUGCUGUUUCUGAAGAAAUGCCACCCCUGGAAGGAGAUGACGACACAUCACGCAUGGAAGAAGUAGACUAAGCUUCACCCAGAAGCUAUAUGUUUGAUGCUUACUUUCAUUCCUUCUGAUAAUAUAUUUUCGAGGAUUUUUAUUUAUUUUUGUUAACAUUUAAAACAUCUGUGUGGCAUGAAAACUAAUGGGAAGAUAAAAUUCUACUUGUGAUAC